CACAGCUACAUGGAUAUAAAAGUUAUUUAGUAUUUCAAAAUAAGAUUGUGAAACAGCAGCAGCAGUAGCAGCCCAAUCACACAAACAACAUAGAGGCUUUCAUUUAAGAAUAAUAGAGAAGGGGCAAGUUAACCACACGGGACAAUACAAACACAAUAAAUACUAUAUUAUGUCAGGCAGCCUCAAUAAUUAUUCGACUCUAAUGCAUGCAACGAAUCGUGGAUACGGUGAACAUACCCAACAAUCGCAGACCGUGGCACAGGUGGAGGCACUCAGAAGUAUGCAAAAAGUACCGCAUAAUAUAGUCGGUGAUCCCGGCAUGCAGAUAGGGCACGGCAUCGAUGAUCGCGAGAAAUCCAUUGUGGACAAUUUGAAUGCGGAUCAAAGUGCCAUCACACAUUUGAAGUAUAUGAAUUCGGACCGUGAUCUGUCGCUGCCCUUGGAUAAGCAGAGCAAGGCAGUGGAUAAAUAUCUGGAUAGUCAGGAGGAAGAUGUAUCGCUGCGCAAAUAUCUCGUCUUUGGCGUCCAGUGGGUCUCGCUUGUUACGGAAAACCUCCUGAGUCAUCCGUUUAUAGUGCUGCGCCGUCAGUGUCAGGUUUAUAAUGCCUCAAAGCGUUAUCAUUUGCAUCCGUUUCAGCUGCUGCCAACCAUUGUGCAUCUACAUCGCCGGCAGGGCGUCACAACGCUGUGGAAGGGUCUGGGCAGCUGUCUCCUCGUCCGCGGCAUGACUCUGGCCAUUGACGAUGUCAUCUGCAAGUUCACCAGCUGGCCCAAAGACGUCGAUAGCCGCACCACGCUCAAGCGUUUCGGUCAACAUAUUUUACUUAAGUGCAUCAGCAUUGGCCUUGUGGUGCCCUUCUAUGCGGCCUCACUGGUGGAGACCGUGCAGAGUGACAUAGCCAGCGAGAAGCCGGGAUUGCUGGAUGUCUUUCGCGAGGGCAGUCUGCGCUUGCUCUAUUGGAGUUCGCCGCAAAAGGGUCGCAUGCUGCCCGCCUGGGCGUUGAUUGGCCCCAGUGUCUCUAUGGGGAUAACUAAGUAUUUGUUUGGUCUGGUUAUACGCGGCGUCUCCUCGCGCAUUAUGCGCCGUCGCCUCACAUUGAGGCAGGAGCAGCGUGGCGCGAAGACUCGCGACGAUACGCUUGAGCAUCAGAAUGGGGAAAUCUAUGCAAGUCUGAUCGCCAUGCUGACCACCGAGGUGCUAUUCUAUCCGGUCGAGACAAUAUUGCAUCGACUGCAGCUGCAGGGCACACGCACUAUCAUUGACAAUCUGGACAAUGGUUAUGCUGUGGUGCCCAUAUUGACCAAUUAUCAGGGUGCCAUCGAUUGCUAUCGCACCACAAUGCUAACCGAGGGCAUUGGUGGCCUGUACAAGGGAUUCGGAGCAAUGAUUCUUCAAUUCGCCGCCCAUUUGGCCGUCAUUAAGCUAACCAAAUGGGUUGUCGGACAAAUUACGGAAGUUAUCUCAAAUCGACCGCCUGCCCGCAUCGUUCAGUAUUAUAAUCUGGAUCGCGGAGCUGGCAACUCAAAUUCAACGACCAUAUCGCCGAGCAUUUCAAGCACCGAGAUGGACGGAAACAGCGUGGGACAGAACUCGCUCGAUUAGCCACUUCGGUUCGGUUCGGUUAAGUUUUCCAAAAUUUAAUGUAUGUCCCACUAUUGCCAAUGCGGAUGUGGGUGCGCGCUCUCCACGAUUGAGCACAGUCUGGCAUGUUUCGAUGUUCAUUUCGUUCAUUUUGCUGUGAUAACUUCCGUGCUUGCUCCAGCAGCGAGUCAUAAUUUUCAUAUACGUAUAUAUACUACAUAU